AUGUCCCUCAGCCGUCCCUGUUUCCUCUCGCGCGGCUCGUUCGCACUGCGCCGAGAACGCGUGAAGCUACCACCUCGCGGAAUCGCAACGAAAGUCAUUUCGUUACUCCCACGGCCCGACGGUCACCCCCUCUCUUCGGCUACGGCUUCCGCGACAAUUGGUCGUUCUGCCGUGUCUUGGAGCGCCAGCCUGCCUGGCAUGGCCGGACAAGCCAAGCAGCGGGAAUCCCCCGCCGUAGCCGCAGCUGUACCCGCUGCGACGGCGGCGACGUCGCCAGUGCCGUCGCUGGAUGAGCUGCGUGCGACGGUGGAGGAGCGCGCGGGCGCGCCGCUGGGGCAGCGGGAGCGGCUGUCGAAGGCGGCGCAGCGGCUGUUCGGCGCGGCGGAGAGCGACGUGCGCGUGACGCUGUACCGCGACAACUCCGCGUGGUGCCCGUACUGCGAGCGCGUGUGGCUGCAACUGGAGGAGAAACACAUCCCCUACGUAGUGGAGAAGAUCAACAUGCGGUGCUACGGCCCCAAGCCCGACUGGUUCAUGCAGAUGGUGCCCUCAGGCCUGCUGCCCGUGCUCAAGCUGGACGGCAAGGUGAUAACGGAGUCCCUAGACAUCAUGUUUGCUAUAGAGCGCGCCUUCCCCUCGCACACGCCCCUGCUGCCCCCGUCCUCCGACCGCGCGGCGUCGCAGCGCGUGGAGCGCCUGCUGCGCCUGGAGAGGCAGCUUGCGGGCGCGUGGCUGCAGUGGGCGCGCAUGGGGGACGGCGCGGGCGGGCUCAUGGGGGGGAUGUUCAGGCGGGGGGGCGGAGGGGGGACGGGCGCGGGGCAGCGCAUGUUUGAGGAGGCUUUGGAUGCCGUGGAUGCGGCGCUGCAGGAGGGCGGUGGGCCGCUCUUCAUGGGCGAUCAGUUCUCCCUGGUGGACGCGGUGUACGCGCCAUUCCUGGAGCGCGCAGCAGCCAGCGUGCCCUUCUGGAAGGGCCUCACCGUGCGCGGCAACCCGCGCUGGCCCGCACUCAACCUCUGGUUCACCGCUAUGGACGCGCGCCCGCCCUACCUCGCCAUGAAGUCCGAUGACUUCACCAUCACGCACACCCUCGAGCCGCAGAUCGGCCCUGUCGUUCUUGCUGAUGCGGGGGCUGCGCACCGGGAUUAUAUCGAAGGGAGGGAUGGUACUGGUGCGUGGGAUUUGCCGCUACAGCCGGAGGUGACUGCGUGGGGGGAGGAUGAUGGGACAGGGGGGCCAGGGCGGCAGGCGCAACAGGAGGCGGUAGAGUCGAUUAUUCUCAACCAUGAGUUGUUGAUCUCCUUCUGCCUGCGUGCCUUGCGGGAGCAGUCCUUUCCCCGUCAGCGGGCCACGCUGGUUGGAGGAAGGCCCCGGCUGCAGCCGCCAUCAGACGCUGAGCUGGAGGCAGCGAGGGAGCGGCUGGCGCCAGCUGUCAGCGAGGCGUUGCGCCACGUGGCGCAUGCUCUGCUGGAGGGCACAGAGACGGUGGGGGCAGCAGUGCCAGCAGGGCUGCUUGGGGCGUUGAGUGGAGAGGAGAAGGAGGAGGUGGCAGUGUGUGUGGCUUAUCUGAGGGACAGGGUGGGAGUGCCUAGGGACCUCACUUACCCUGCUGCAAGGCAGCUUAGGGCGCACCUGCAGUGGAUGGUACGGCUGCUGGGCUCCAAGGUGUAG